AUGAUUGCAUAAUCUCCACAUUUCAAGUUGAACCCUAUGACUCCAUUGAGUGUUCAUCACAAAAUGUCUAUAAUUGAAGAUGAACCAGAUGACUUGGAGUUGGCACAUUCCAAAAUAUCAUUUAACGAAAAAUUGAUAGUUUGUACAUACAAACCUAAUCAGAAUGUUACUAACAUUUAAAAAACAAUUUUAAAAUUGAAAGGACAUCCUGAUGUUGGUUGGGUUAAUCCUAUAUUAAUGAAUGAAAUAAAAAUAUAGACCUCGAUAUUGAAAUGCUCUCAAUCACCAACAAGAAUUUGUUCCAAUUGUUUAUGA